ACCAGGGCACCCAGCGGCAGCAUCUCAUGCGGCUUCCACCUCUCGGGGUGCACUGGACCCCUGGCCACCCCUCCUUCCCCAUCACUCACUCCAUCCAGCAGAUGACAGGCCCCCUCGGCUGCCGGCCCGUGGAUGCCAUUUGAGAUGUCCCCUUUCUGUUGCUGGGGCCUGCCCGCAGCUCUUCUGGCUCUGCUCUUCUGCCCAGGGUCUGGUGAGGCGGCGUUCGAGGUCUACGCGUCGCCAGAGCAGCUGGUGGUGAAGCACGGAGCGUCCUCUGAGAUCAACUGUAGUACCAGCUGUCUGCAGCCGACCAUCAGUGGUUUGGAGACCACCCUGAGCAAGACUCUGCUGGACAAGCAGCCUCAGUGGGAGCGAUACAGGGUCUCCAACGUCUCCAACAGCACGGUCGUCUAUUGCCACUUCACCUGCUCUGGGAAGCAGAUGCUUCGGAACGUCAGCGUCACUGUGUUCCACCCCCCAGAGCAAGUGCUGCUGAAGCUGCAGCCCACUUGGGUGACCGUGGGCAAUGCCUUCACCAUUGAGUGCAGCGUGCCUGCCGUGGCACCCCUUGAGAACCUCACCCUCACCCUGCUCCGUGGCCAGGAGCCCCUGCACAUGCACACCUUUGUGGGGGCAACAGCUGCCCCACAAGAAGCCAGGAUCACACACAACAGCACGGCCCACAAGGAAGACGGUCGCCACAACUUCUCCUGCCGGGCUGAGCUGGACCUGCGGCCUCGUGGCGGGGGCCUCAUCCGAAGAACCUCGGAGCCCCAGGUGCUUGAGAUCCAUGAGCCGAUGCCGGACAACCAGAUGGUCAUCAUCAUCGCAGUCGUGUCGGUGCUGCUGCUCUUGUUUGUGGCGUCCGUCCUGCUCUGCUUUGUCUUCGGCCAGCAGUGGCACCAGAGGCGGAGAGGCAAUUACGGGGUACAAGCAGCUUGGCGGAGACUGAGACGCUCCUACCGGGCAUAGCCUGCAGGGGGGGGGGCAUGGCUGCUGCCACGGCAGCCACUGGAACUCAGUGCGGCUCUCAGGGAUGUGGCCCGUGGCCCGGCCAUGGAAGAAGGACAGUGACAAGCAGCCGAGGACUUUGGGGACAUUUCCUUUUCGAGUCUGAAUACAAACACCUGGACUUAACCCUGUGCCUCGGGUCUCCUCCUGGGAGAGUACUCAACGGCCGGGAAGGUGACUCAUCGGAGGGGAAGGUGACUCAUCGGGCCUACACUUCUCUCCCUGGAUGCCUCCUCAGUGUCCCUCCACCCUCUGCUUCACAGCGGCCUCGGGCCAGCCCAGCCCGGGGGCGCCCCCAUGCUGACCAGCCUAGGCACCAGGCACCCACCCUCAUCGGGCCGAGUGACAAGUGUGCCCUGGCCUGGUAGGGCAGAGACACUCUGUUCCCACAUGGCCCUCGGGAACGCGGGCCACUCCCUGUCGGAGCAGGACAUGGCCAACAGAGCCAGCUUCCUGGGGUGAGGCGGAGGGUGGGGACCCCAAGGGAUCUGGCUCAGCUCCAGGACCCUCCCAAGCAGGACUCUUCCGCAUCUUGGCCUUUACAGAGCUGUGGACAACAAAGUCAGUCUUCCCUCGCCUCCUGCUCCAUUAUUAGGCCAAGCUGAGACUCCGCAGCCCUGGCCUUCCCAGAGAGAGGGGUGAG